AUGGAUAAAUUCGCAGCAUUCGGCAAGAACAUCGGCAACAUCGGUGCAUCCUUCACACCCUUUGCAGCCCGCACCCAGCAAUAUGUCAAGGAGCAGUUUGGCCAGACCGACGACAAGACUGAGCUGCCCCCAGACUACAUCGAGUUGGAGAAGCGCGUCGAUGCCCUGAAGCUCGUUCACCAGAAGCUGCUGUCCGUCACAUCUCAGUACACCAACGAAGCAUACGACUACCCUCCCAACAUCCGCGAGUCCUUUACCGAUCUGUCCAAGAAUGUCUCCGAGAAGCCCCAACCUAAGACCUUCAACCACGCCAUCGCUCGUGCCUCAUUGGCCGGCAGCCAGCUGUUGCACCAGAGUGACGUUCGCGGCGCCGGCGCCGACGACUCGCUUGCCCAAGCUCUAGAGAAGUACGCUGUCGCCGAGGAGAGAGUUGGUGAGGCCCGUCUGACCCAGGACGAGCGCAUCCAGCAGCGCUUCCUUGCUGGCUGGAGUGCUACUCUCAACACAAACUUGCAAUUUGCCCAGCGUGCCCGCAAAAACGUCGAGAAUGCCCGCCUCAACCUUGAUGCCACAAAGGCUCGUGUCAAGGGCAUCAACAACCCCUUCAACAACAAGGCCCAAUCUCACGGCGAGGAAAACUACACAGAAGCUCAGCGUGCCGAAAUUGAGAAGGCAGAGGAUGAGUUUGUCAACCAGACUGAGGAAGCCGUGGGUGUCAUGAAGAACGUUCUUGACACACCCGAGCCCCUCAAGAACCUGGCCGAGUUGAUUGCUGCCCAGCUAGAGUUCCACAAGAGAGCCUACGAGAUUCUGUCAGAGCUGGCCCCUGAGGUCGACCAGCUGCAGCUUGAUCAGGAGGUAUCUUCUGCCCGACCCACUCCCUCCAUCCAAGUCACCCAAUUCUGA